CAAAAAAUCUAAACAAACUAUUUUGCCGGUUUGCGCAUUUUUUCUGACUGUUUGUCUUUGUUAAAAAUUGAUAUUAUUUCAUUUUUUAAAGAAAAAUCUCAUAAAAAGCAUUGCGAUCAAGUAGUGCUAAAUAAAAGGAAAUAUGUCAAAUCCAGUUUUUUCAGACUCCUUGAACUCUUCGGAUCACAUCCCGCCAAAUUUGACCGAACCUUUCUCGCAAGUGCUAUGUGUUAGUGAUUCGGAUGAAACACUAUCUGAAGAAGGCGAUAACACAGUCUCACCGUCGCCAAGAAAUACUGAACAACAAGCUGUUGUUGAUCUAACCAGGAUGUCGAACGAGUUAUCUUCGACAAGGUCUGGUUCGAAAACAUCUGAAAAUACGCCACGUUCAUUGAUCGAAAUAUCCGACAGCGUCAAUUCGACUCCCACACUUAAUUGUUCAACAUUUAACAGCGACCCCAGUCGAAUGAGCACAUGUGCUCGAGCUCGUCUAAAUAAUUUUUUCGAUAAUAUACCUAAUUCAGUUUCGGAGAUCAGUAUGGCCAAACCUGAUAAACUGGAUAAAAUAGCUGAAUCACAACUAUCAGAAGGCAGGUUUAUGCAUAGUUUGUGUGAGGAUAGUGAAGAAGUUUCUGUUGAUGUAACGCAAUCAUUUGAUAAGGCCUCGUCAGGAAGUAACAAAUAUCAAUCUGAAGAACAUUAUCCAAAUAUGAAAAAUUGGAAUGUGAACAUAUCGGCCAAAAUCAAAAUUAAAGUUCACGUUUCAGAAAUAAGCAGCGAGAGCUCAUCUGAAUCAGAACAAGAAACUGAACAGACGAGACAAUCGAAAGAAAAUCCGCGAUCCUGUAACCAAGAAAUACAAAGAGCAGAACGGUUUAUUGAUGACGACAUGAUGGCUAUUCUAACUGAGAUCUACGGUCAAACUUGGAGAACAAGUAAGAUUCUACCUCUGUGCCAACCGAGGCUCAAAACUUAUGACGACGAUCGCAAGAACCAUUAUCCAUUCAACAGAGGAAAAGUAUCAUUCCUGCAGUCUUUGGAUGAGAAAACACCCCUGAACAUGUGUUCCGCGGAGGCCCUUAAGUUCCGAACCCAUUACAAUAGCACCAAGGAUAAAUUGAUGUUCCAUCUCUAUGAAUUAUACAAUCGAAAUAUAUUCGAAAACAAAUUGGACCUUCAAUGCACUUGGAAUAAAAAACUGACAUGUACUGCCGGACGAUGUUUCAAUAUCAAAAAGAAUGGUGAACGGUCUUGCAGGAUAGAACUUAGUGACAAAGUUUUAACGUGUGCGGAACGAAUGCGGUCUACUCUUGUACAUGAAAUGUGUCAUGCAGCUGCCUGGAUGUUCAAUGCAGAAAACGGGCAUGGGAAACAUUGGAAAAGUUGGACACAUCGUGCCAGACGAGCUUUUCCAGAACUACCGUCCAUCACCGUGUGUCACCAGUAUGAAAUCGAAUACAAAUACACUUAUCAAUGCGUCUUGUGUAAAGCCAGAUACAACGCCCACACCCGAUCGAAAAAGACUGAAAAUAUCCGUUGUGCCUAUUGUCACGGGCAGAUUGAACUGUUUUUGAACAAGAAAAACAAAAACGGUGAAACCAUUGCUACACCAGUGAAGAAAGCUAAAGGAUUUGCAGCGUUUGUUAAGGAAACGUACAAACAAGUACGAAAAAACGAAAGCAACCACGCGGCAACUAUGAGAAUUUUGGGAGAAAAAUUUGCUGGACUUAACACUGAAGAGAAGAAUCAAUAUGUGUAGUGCUAUGACCCAUGGCAAUACUUUUCAGUAGAGUGCAUCUUGAUAUCCAUAUGCUGAAUUAACGAUAAUAAAGAGAGAAUUACAAGAUUUUCCUGCACACA